AUGGCUCGGGCCCCUAGCGUCAGAGGGCCACUGCUGGUGCUGCUCCUGCAGCUUGUCCUUAUUUGCUCCGCUCAAAGGACCGAAGGACCUGUUGGCCCUCCUGGACCUGCAGGUGUCCCAGGAAUUGAUGGUAUUGCUGGGGAAAGAGGAAAGGACGGCGAGGAUGGGCUCCCGGGCCCUGAUGGUGAUUCAGGUAAACCCGGCUCCUCGGGAUUACCUGGAAUUCCUGGAAAUGAUGGUCUGACCGGCCCGUUUGGAGAUGCAGGACCCGACGGUCCCUUCGGACAGAAAGGUGAACCUGGACAAUCUGGACCCCGAGGGGCAACUGGUGUUGGGCCAGAUGGACCCCCCGGACCACCUGGACCUGGAGGACUUCUGGGUGAAUUGGGAAAAGUGGGACCACCUGGUUCCAUGGGUGUGAGAGGACCAAGGGGACCUAAUGGACCAACAGGGCCCAGAGGAGCAUCUGGAAUGCUUGGCAGUGCCGAACUGUGUGGAGACGCGUGUCCACCUGGGACUCCUGGACAUCCCGGCCUUCCUGGCAUGAAGGGUCACAAGGGUGUGAAAGGUGAAGGAGGAGAACCCGGGAAACAAGGGCACAAGGGUGAGGAGGGUGACCAGGGAGGUCAAGGAGAGGUCGGAUCCCAAGGAACAACGGGCUCCCAGGGAAACCGUGGAGCCAUGGGAAUGAUGGGCCCCAAGGGAGAGAUGGGAGCUCGAGGUCAUGAUGGAGACAUAGGUCCUCAGGGGGUCAUGGGGGCAACUGGGGAUCGAGGACAGAGAGGUGUGAUGGGCGAGCUCGGGCCUAAAGGGGAAACGGGCGCUCUGGGGCCAAGAGGAAUCACAGGCGUGCCAGGUCCCAAGGGAGAGUCUGGUUUACCAGGUGUGGAUGGUCGCGAGGGUAUUCCUGGGAUGCCGGGAGCGAAGGGAGGCGUGGGGAAGGCUGGUGUUCCUGGAGAGGUUGGACUACAGGGGUUUCCUGGUAUGCCUGGUGCUCCUGGACCAAAAGGCUUGGGUGGCCCCAAGGGAGACUUCGGUCAGUCAGGCGUCCCUGGAACAUUGGGACCUGCUGGCAAAACAGGUGAACGUGGAGAACAAGGCGAGGUGGGACCUAUUGGACCCAUCGGUAAUGCUGGAGACAUAGGAGGAAAAGGCCCUGAAGGUUCAUCUGGGAAGCCAGGUGCCAGGGGACCCAAAGGUGACCCUGGCCUCCCCGGUCUCCCUGGUCCUUCUGGUCUUCCUGGUGUGAAAGGAGAGAGGGGGGAUCGUGGAGAAGGUGGACCCAAAGGAGAUCAGGGAACACAAGGUGAUGAGGGAAACCCUGGAGACAAAGGAGAACUUGGUGAAUCAGGAGAAUCUGGAGCUAAAGGAGAGGGUGGAAACCCUGGCGAGUCUGGCAGGAGAGGUCCCGAGGGAAGUCGAGGUCAGCCUGGCAUUGAAGGGCCUCCCGGCACACCCGGACCCCGGGGCAUGCAGGGAAACAGGGGCCAAACUGGAAUCAGGGGAUCUCAGGGGCCUGCGGGUAAAGAGCCAAGUGAUCAGCACAUCAGACAAGUUUGCAUGCGAGUCAUGCAAGAACAGCUGGCCCAGUUAGCAGCUAGCUUGAGGAGGCCAGAGUCUGGAGCAGCUGGUUUACCUGGAAAACCCGGACCUCCAGGGUCUCAAGGGCCUCCUGGAGACAAUGGCUUCCCUGGGCAUGGUGGAGCAAGAGGCCUUCCCGGACUCAAGGGGCCACAAGGAGCCCUGGGAAAUAAAGGACCUAAAGGUGAACUGGGAGACAGAGGCUCCAGAGGGCCGACUACACGAGGACCCAAAGGUCAGCCAGGAGCUCCUGGACUUCCUGGUAAAGCAGGCAAACCAGGCUACGGUCAGGAGGGUCGGGACGGGCAGAGGGGACCUCCCGGCACUCAUGGUCAGCACGGUGUGCCCGGGCCUCCUGGCUCAGCCGGCCCUAAUGGUUACUGCGACCCGUCGGCCUGUAACCUCCAGGCGGGGGCCGCCCACCAGUCGCUGGAUGUGAAGGGACCCGCAGGGAACUGA